AAAAGGUGGUAACUUUACGCCGGUUGAUGAUUGGAACUUGGUCAGGAUUCAUAGACCUGAGGUUUCUUGGUGCAAGUUGAUUUGGGUUGAUCCAAAUGUUCCCGAAUUCUCUUUCAUUCCAUGGUGGGUAAUCCUCAACAAGUUGCAAAAUCUACUCGUGAGGUUAUGAAGAUGAGUUUAGUAGACGGUGUUUGUCGGACUUGGUUUGGUUACACUUGUCGCCGCACCGCAUGCUUGUACCUUGUCCAUAUCCAAAGCGCUUCACACGCGUUGUCGUGUGUUUCUUUCCGAAACGAAAAACCACUCUUUUGCUCCCACUUCUUCACUCCAUCCCGUGAUUCGGAAAUGUCUGCGGCGAUUAUGGCGGCUCACCGGACCGGCCUGCCACUCCACUACUCCACGUCCAGGCCGAGGCUCCCGCGGAGGCCGGCCAAUCCGACGGUCGGGAUGGCGCGGCGGACGCGCGUGCACCGGCUGAUAGAGGAUCAGGGCGUCGUCCUGAUGCCCGGUUGCUACGACGCGCUCUCCGCCGCGAUCGUCCAGAAGGCGGGCUUCGCCGCCGGCUUCAUCUCCGGCUACGCCCUCUCCGCGUCGCUCCUCGGCAAGCCCGACUUCGGUCUCUUGACGCCACCGGAAAUGGCCGCGACUGCGAGGUCGGUCUGCGCGGCGGCUCCGUUGAUACCGAUAAUUGCGGACGCAGAUACUGGAGGUGGAAAUGCUCUGAAUGUUCAAAGGACUGUGAAAGACUUGAUAGCAGCAGGAGCUGCUGGCUGUUUUCUAGAGGAUCAAGCAUGGCCAAAGAAGUGUGGGCAUAUGCGUGGUAAGCAGGUCAUACCAGCUGAGGAGCAUGCUGCUAAAAUAGCAUCUGCAAGGGAUGCUAUUGGGAAUUCUGACUUCUUCCUCGUGGCUAGGACCGAUGCACGUGCAACAUCAGCCAAAACUGGCCUGUCUGAUGCCAUUGCAAGGGUUAAUCUUUACAUGGAGGCAGGAGCUGAUGCAUGCUUUGUGGAGGCACCAAGGGAUGACGAUGAGCUCAAGGAGAUAGGUAAGGAGAUAGGACGACAUACGAAAGGCUACAGAGUAUGCAAUAUGAUUGGAGGUGGAGUCACACCAUUGCACACUCCCAAGGAGCUGAAAGAGAUGGGCUUUCAUUUGAUCAUGCACCUGCUCACGGCGCUCUAUGCUUCAGCGCGCACCGUUGUCGAUGUCCUCAAGUCCUUCAAAGAGAAGGGAACUACAAGAGCUGACCUCGACAAGAUGGCUACAUUUGAGGAAUUUAACCAGUUGGUCAGCUUGGAGUCCUGGUUUGAGCUUGAACCACGGUAUUCGAAUUUAAGGAGUGCUGUUGGAGUAAAUUCACGGUAAUUGCGAAAGCCGAAAGUAAUAAAACUAUGUGCGGCUACUUUUGAAUUCCAAUUCCAGUUUCCCUUAGUUAGAUGGACACAGUAAUUCUACUAAUUAGUGGAGCAAUAGCCAAUUUCCAGUCUUUAAACAUGUAAUGACCCACGUGUUUGCAUGAUAGAUGCACCACUUAGAGGGUGUUGGACUCUUCUCAAUAUGAAUGCUUUUGCUAUGCUAUUGCCAAGUAAUUACAUAUAAAUUUUUUUAAGUC